UGUGUGUUGAUAUGGUAUACAGGUUGUACUGUUUCAAUCAUGGUUCUGAAACUUUAUUAUGAUCUUCUUUCUCAGCCUUCAAGAGCAUUAUAUAUUUUCUUGAAAUUAAAUGGAGUACCUUUCCAACAGUGUCCUGUGUCCCUUAUGGAAGGUGAACACAGAACUGAAGAAUUCAAACAAAAAUAUUCAAAGUUUCAGAAAGUGCCAUUCAUUCAUGAUGGAGAUUUCAAAUUGAUAGAAAGCAUUGGGAUUAUGAGGUAUAUUACAAGAGAAUAUCCUAUUGAAGAUCACUGGUAUCCUAAAGACAGUAAAAAACAGGCCAAAGUUGAUGAAUAUUUGGAAUGGCAACAUCUCAACAUCAGGUUGAAUUGUUCCACAUUCCUUAUUACAACUUGGAUGAAUCCUAUGAGAACAGGUAAACAACCUUCUCAAGAGAAAUAUGAUAGUAGCAAAAAAUACAUGUUGAAGUCACUGUCCACAUUUGAAGAGUUAUUUUUGUCUGAUGAUGGACCAUUCCUAAUGGGAAAAGAAAUAUCCUAUGCUGAUAUACAAGCUGCCUGUGAAAUAGAACAACCAAGACUUGCUGGCUUUAAUCCUAUGGUUCACUACCCAAAAAUUAAAACCUGGAUUGAAUUGGUUAGAAAAGAAUGCAAUCCAUAUUAUGAUGAAGCUCAUGAGAUGCUCAAUAUGUUGGCUGAAAGCAGUGGAAAAAGCACUAAGGCCAAGCUAUAA